AUAUUCAAUCAAUUCCAGAAUUUUAUUUCAGGCUUUUAAAGGUUACAAGGUUAAAAAAAAGAAUUAAAUCACAUGUUCUUAGAAUUAAACAAUAACGCUUGAACGAAAGUCCAAAUGUAAAAGCCCACACCAAAACAGCUCCUUCUCUCACUCUCUUUGACAAAAUACAGGAAUAUAACUCAAUUUGAAUUUUCAAUCACAGUAUCGUGCUUCAAUUAAUGUCAAGAAAGCUAAAAAAUGUAUUUGUUCCAACAAACAGAUGCAAAUCCAGCUGUUCUAACGCUUAAAACAAUGACCAAAGAGCAAAGGGAAGCUAAGACCAACAGAGGAGGAUUAGCUGUCACUCUUUGUGUGUUAAACAGUCUGUAGUUGUGUGCACAUCAAAGCUUGCAGCUUUAUAAAUGUUUGAAGCAUUUUUUUAUUAUAAACCUUUAAAAUGUAAUGAAUAACUUUACACAUGUAAAAUUGCUGAAAAAUAGGGUGGAAGUUUGCAACAAACAGGACUAAAAAGGAGCACAUGCAGUCCUCUGAAAACAAAAGCAGAUACUCGCAGCUGUUUGAAGUAAACAAAGCAGCGCCUGUUACAGCCGGAAGAGAAUCGUUAAAAAGCUGAGUUUAACCAGUCCAUCUGGUUCCCACCUUACAUUACAUUAAAUUACAUUGAAUCUCCACUGAAUGAACUGCAACCUUCCUGUGGUAUUUUAUAUUGUUUCUGUAGCAAAUCUCAUGUGGUGCCAAGUUUGAGGGGGAUUACAGGUGUAGUCAAAACAGGAUCAUAUAAUUGCUCAAGAUAAAUAAAGAUCCAAAGUCCAAUGUACUCAAUUACAGUGACAGUGUCCUACGGAGCUCCAGCUGGAGUCAGUCGACACAAUCCAGCGGCUCCACCAUGGUUUCUAACUCGGCUAGUAAUGGUUGCCGUGUAGCGAUCCACGCUGGCAGCAUCGUUCUUGCGUUCAUCACUCAGAUAAUCUCAGGCAUCUUUUUUGUUCUGGCUCAGGAAAGCUGCGUUCCAAAUGCACUGUUUCAGACCUCUUCGAGGAACGUGUCUGAGUCCUUCCCACUGGAGGUGUCUAUGGAUUGGUGGUCAGAGACCUACUGGAUCCUGAUUGACCUGUGGUCGAAAGCUUGGCUUAUUUAUGCGGUGGUUAGUCUCUUUAAAAGAAACGUUCUCGGCCCCGAGGCUUGGAAUCCUGAGAUCCACCCUCCCAAGUUCUACCUGAUGUGGGCCACAGUUAACAUUACAAGAGUUUGCAGCAUGCCCUUUUGGGAUCAGCGCUUCAUCCUAUCAGCUGUGGUGCUCAGGUGGAUUCUACCAGUCUACAGCUUUGGCAUGCUCUACAUAUCCUACUCCAACCUCAGCAAACACAAAUCCUGGCUGGCCAUCAACAACCCCAGUGUGAUCCACUGGACUCGCUAUCUGACCCAGAACGGGUUGGCUGCAUUUGCUUGGUGGUCUGUCCUGCAUGCUGCGGUGGGUCUUGGCUUGGUGCUCAAGUACUACGCUUUUGUGGAAGACCCAUUAGUCAGCACCAUAAUCCUGGCCAUCAUCUUCUUGUGUAUCAUCACCUGGUUCAUCCUGCAGAACUUCUUCUUCAGCAAACACAUGCGCCACACCUUCAGUGUUUACGCCGUCCUCGUUCUUGGCCUCGGUUCCAUGUUCACCAGCAGUUAUCGGGUCCAAAACCUCUCCAUAAACACAGCCAUCUGCGGCAUCAUGAUGCUUCUGGUCACCAUCAUGAGCUUCAUCCACCUGAUCAGCACAUGUGUGGACAAGUCGAGCAAACCCGUGGCAGUGGAACCAUACAGGAGACAUGAUGGCUGUGAGACAGUGUGCCAGCUGGGAGGAAAACCCAAAAGUACAUUUCAAGCAAUCAGCUCAUGAGUUUGUGCUAUAUAUUAUUGCCCUAAAGGGGGCAGCAGAGUACCACUUUACACACAGAAUGUAGAAUUAUGAGAAGACCUUUGUUGUACCAGGAGAUGGCACAGUGGGUACCCUGCAUGUGAUGCAACUGGUUUUAUAAAUAGAUAACAGCAGCUUACAAAAAUAUCAACCAAUGUAACUCAAAGCAUUACUUUCAAAUCAAAUGAAUAAACCAAGUAAGGAUUACAAACACCACAUCGGUGUGUUUUUAUCCAACAACGACAUCCUCGUAACAACACAGAGCACAUCUGUUUUCCAUCUUCCUCUCGGGUCCUCUCCCGCUCCGUGACGUUGUUCCACAGAGAUAAUGACGCUGGAUGAAGUUGGUGAGAGCUCUCCGUCUUUAAGAACAGAAUAUCAAACAUGCCCUUUGGCUUCAGAGGAGAGCAGCACCACCUUUGAUGAGGAGACUGAGCUGUAUUAAAUGAAGCAUUAAAUUAAGCGGUGAAAAAGAAGACACAAGGGAUCCAAUAAAUGUGUCAGAGGGGGAAUCAGACAAAAGGAAUGACAUGCAAAGGAGCUGUUGGUCUAACAAGAGGCAGAAACACCUAAUUCUAAUUAUUUGUUUAUUUAUUUAUUGGCUAAUUAAUAACAGAAAUGUCUUUUUGCUGCUGCUGAAGUGCUGCAUCAUAUUGUACAAGCCUCCUGUGUGGUGGGUGGAUGUCUCUGACCUCCAUCAUAAACUCAAAUUGGCAAUUUACUCGACUGUGGUGUAAAAUAAAUAAACAAUUAAAUAAAACUGUUCUGCAGGAGAUUAUUAUCUCCAGUGGGAUGUUAUGGAGAUAAUUGACUUUCAGGAUUUUUAUCUAAACUGCAUUUAAAACCACAUUUUAUCUUAAGCAGCAAAAAACGAUUCAUUUUAAUUCCCUUGCAGAAAUGAAUUAUACAUGCAGAUGGAGGGUGAUGCUGUGGUGCAAACAGAGGGACUUAAUUCUAACUGUACUUUUUAUUAUCAGCAGCAGCAAAGUUUAUUUUAAGAACUAAGAAAGGUUGCUGAUUCUUUUAAAAAGUAAUGAAAUUAUAAUUAAAGGAAUAAUGUUUGUAAAAAAUGAAAAAGGGUGCAGGAGGGGGACUCCGCUGGGUGUUUUUAUUGAUUCCAUGAAUACCUGAUGUGCAUUUUCCUACUUUGUAAAUAUCAUUGCAAUGGCGAUCUGAGAUUUUGUGACCAAUAAUUUAAAGUGAGAAAGGUUUGGCUGCAUAAUGUUUCAGUCUUGCUCCAAAAAGUCCCAAAUCAGGACCUAUGUGGUGUAAGAGCACCCAGAAGUAGCUCAAUAUGUAAAAAUAUUUAGUUCUGCUUAGAUGGAUGGAUGAAUAUUUGCAUCUGAUUGAAACAUCUUGAACUAGAGAAGCAGUUCAAAAUGUUAGUUUGUUUCUUUAAUUAUCCAUUUCAGUUGAAUCCUUGACAGUUAUAAAUAUGAUGUGCUGAUGCAAAAUUUUUUGUAAAACAGCAGAGAAAAUGUUUUUUUCCCCAACUCUAAUCACAAUAAAGUCUUAAUUACAUAGAAA